UGAAAGUACCUCUGAGAAUUGUUCUCCCAGCAGUAGUCCCGGUCCUCGCCCUAGGAUGACAGUUAGCUCGCAGUCGGGCCCUAGAUCUCCCCGACCGUCCGAGGACCUCUUUACUACGGCGACUUCUGCUCUCAGACGCCUACACUUCAAAAGCGGUCGAAGUACCACAAAAAAUGCAACUAAAACGCAGGGUCCCGUGCCAAAGGUAAUUGUGAUGGGCUCAAGCACAACUUCGGAAACGACACUCAACACAAGCACCGACAGCUCUAACACAAUUGUAACGACAAUGACCGUUACUGAUGGUGACAACACGGAAGACAGUUUGGACAUAACGGAGCCGAUCGACAUACUAAAUUCCGAAAAUAGCACUGACAGCACGAAGACGUGCAGCCAAAUUUUGCAGCCGACCCCUGUUUCUCCCAAAACGCCGAGUACGGCGAAACAAGAAACUAAAUUUACGUUUGAUGUAGACUCUCCACCGAAAACCGCAUAUUUAAAAACUGAACAGUUUGUAUUCGACGUUCCAGUUCAGCAGACGCCCGCCAGCAAAGCAAAAAAUGUGGACGAAUUGAUGCAACAACAAGUGGACGCUCUACGACAAGAAGCAAGGCGGAGAAAUAGUUAUCGAGCGGCGCAACACAACUACAACUCCAUUGACAUCGCAUACCACAACGUGCUGGUUCACAGAAGGCAUAGCGAGUUCGACAGUCAAAGAUCAACGCCUGAACAUAAUGCAGCAGCAAAAGAGCGUAGAAGUUACAGACGAAAAAUCGAUACCCACGAAGACUCCCCGGGUGCAGACAAGUCGUCGAAAGAAGCGAUCACAAAGAACGGCCGAACUUCCCCAAAACAUUCCAAGUUAGAUCCAACAGUAGAUACGUCUACUGAAUCACAAGAUGAGACGCUUUCCACAAAGCCGAGGCAAAGGCAUAAAAGAGGAAGUAAGCGCCACAGCUCCCCCAACAAACAUAAAGGUGAUAAAUUUUCGUACGACGAAAAACAUCUGGCAAAGUACCGUUCGACACCCCCCGAUUUGCGCGUUGACUAUUUUAACGAACAUCCGGAAAAAUGCCCGACAGGAACGCUUAUUCCUUUGCCGAUGGAGAAACGGGGGAGUGUAUGCUUAAAUAAGUGUUUGCGUGAAGUGGGUGCCCAGUUGGAUCCCACCGUUACGUCGCCGAUAAACGUAACUACGAAUCCGUUAGAUAGUUCCAUUCGUAUCGGUAAUCGGAAAGUGCCGCAAGCAACAAUAGUCGUACAGCAGGCCUCGCUUAGCUCCGAGCAGGGAAAUGUUUCGACCGUGUUGCUGAGGAACGGUAGUGAGUUCGUCUCGAAUGUUGAAAGUGCGGGCAAUAAAUUGUGUUUAAAGAAACAAAGGGAGGAACAUAUGAAACAGUUGCUUGACGUGGGGAAUCACUUGACCUUGGAAGAAAUGCACGAUUUUGAAAUGAGGUAUGGAAGCCCUCACCAUAGCCGAUCGCAAUCGGUGAAAACUCCAGGAAGAGCAUCGGGACGACCGAAUUACCUAUGCUUACCACAGCAAAGAUCCAGAGUCGCUUCCAUGCCCAAUACCGGCGUUGAGGAGGAGUACUAUAGACUGAGGCAUUUUUCGAUCACUGGAAAAGGGGUCGUUAAUAGAGGAGAUAGUUUAAAAAGUAGACGAUCGCGAUCAAAUAAUUCCGUUGCUUCCAGUAACUCCAGCAUUACGGUAUCAAAUAGUUUCGAUACAUUACAUAAACGCAUAUUAUUCAAAUGCGUAGCCGACAUCGAAGCGAUCGAAAACCAUCCGAAGAUCGAAGUAGGCGUAGAAAACGGGAGAUUUCCGAAUUGCGUCGCGUUAGAUCAAGGUCACUGCGUCAUCGGUGUCAUGACUCACGCGAUACUCAUAACUGCAAUUGUGCCAACGUUAACCACGGAAGCUUUGGAAAUCGACUCGAAACCAGCUGAUAACAGAGGAAAGUUAAACGAUAUCAAGGGGCGGUUAGGUCCUAAUUUGAAUGAAAGCGAAUGUAUUCUAGUAUUAAAUCUAAUAAACGAAUUCCGAAAUUGCUUUGCUGGAAAUACAACUGAACUGGGUAAAACCACUGUAACUGAAAUGCAAAUACUUUUAAACGAUGACGUGCCGGUAACGUAUCGCCCUUAUCGCCUGGCGUAUCCAGAGCGGGAGUCUGUAAGAGGAAUUGUGCAAGAUUUAAUCGCUAAUGGGAUCGUACAAGAAUCACAGUCUCCAUAUGCUAGUCCUAUUCUCCUUGUGAAGAGGGAAAACCGGUGA